AUGAGAAAAGCAAUUCUAGGUGUUCUUUUGCUUUGGUUUCUGUGCUCAACAAUUUUAAGGUCAUGCAGGGCAAACAACUUGGUUUGUAAUGAAAAGGAGAAACAAGCCCUUCUGAGCUUCAAACACGCUCUUCUUGACCCUGCAAACCAGCUGUCUUCUUGGUCUAUUAAAGAAGACUGUUGUGGAUGGCGAGGAGUCCACUGCAGCAAUGUCACUGCUCGAGUUCUCAAGCUCGAACUUGCUGAUAUGAAUUUGGGAGGUGAGAUUAGUCCUGCUUUGCUCAAAUUAGAAUUUUUGGAUCACUUAGACUUGAGCUCGAAUGAUUUUAAAGGUUCUCCAAUUCCAAGUUUCCUGGGUUCCAUGGGGAGUUUGAGAUAUCUUGACCUCUCCUAUGCUGGAUUUGGUGGACUAGUCCCUCAUCAGCUUGGAAAUCUCUCGACUCUUCGUCACCUGGAUCUGGGAGGUUACAAUAGGCUGUACGUUGAGAAUCUUGGUUGGAUUUCUCAUCUUGUUUUUUUGAAGUACCUAGGCAUGGAUCGGGUCGACCUUCACAGGGAAGUCCAUUGGCUUGAAUCUGUGUCUAUGUUCCCUUCUCUUUCAGAGCUGCACUUGUCCGAUUGUGAACUUGAUAGCAAUAUGACUUCAUCUCUCGGGUAUGACAAUUUCACAUCUCUCACAGUCCUCGAUCUUUCUGAGAACAAAAUCAAUCAAGAAAUGCCAAAUUGGUUGUUUAAUCUCAGUAGUCUUGCUUUUUUAAUUCUAUCAGAAAAUCAAUUCAAGGGGCAAAUUCCAGAGUCCUUGGGCCACUUUAAAUAUCUAGAAGAUCUUGAUCUUUUUUCUAAUUCCUUUCAUGGCCCUAUUCCUACAUCCAUAGGAAACUUAUCCUCCUUAAGGGCAUUAAAUCUUUAUGCUAAUGGGUUAAAUGGUUCUCUUCCUACGAGUAUGGGGCGUCUUUCAAAUUUGAUGUCCUUGGCUCUGGGAUAUGACUCCUUGACCGGUGCUGUAUCAGAAGCACAUUUUACAACACUUUCAAAAUUGAAGGUAGUACAGAUAUCAGAGACAUCCUUCUUUUUCAAUGUGAAAUCCAACUGGACUCCUCCUUUUCAGCUUCAAUUUCUGUUAAUUUCUUCCUGCAAGAUAGGUCCCAAGUUUCCGGCAUGGCUACAGACCCAAAAGUCUCUUUCCUAUCUAGACUUUUCUGGGUCAGGAAUUGAGGACACAGCUCCGAACUGGUUCUGGAAAUUCGCUUCAUACAUCGAUCAGAUCCAUCUCUCUAAUAACCGGAUAUCUGGGGACUUACCCCAAGUUGUACUAAACAAUACUAUCAUCGAUUUGAGUUCUAAUUGCUUCUCAGGUCGGUUGCCACGUCUCUCUCCGAAUGUUGUUGUGUUGAAUAUUGCUAACAAUUCAUUCUCGGGACAGAUUUCCCCUUUCAUGUGCCAAAAGAUGAAUGGAAGAAGUAAAUUGGAGGUCCUUGACGUAUCAAUUAAUGCUUUAUCAGGGGAACUUUCUGAUUGUUGGAUGCAUUGGCCGUCUCUUACUCAUGUAAGCCUGGGAAGCAACAAUCUAUCUGGUAAAAUCCCCAAUUCCAUGGGUUCUUUGGUUGGACUUAAAGCAUUGAGCUUGCACAACAAUUCCUUCUAUGGAGAUGUACCUUCAUCACUAGAGAACUGCAAGGUUUUGGGGCUGAUAAAUCUAAGUGACAAUAAAUUUUCAGGAUUAUACCCAGUAUUGGAUUUCGCUGAUAAUAAUCUAUCAGGAGAGAUACCGAAGUGCUUGAAUAAUUUCAGUGCUAUGGCUGAAGGACCUAUCCGGGGUCAGUAUGAUAUUUGGUAUGAUGCUUUGGAAGCAGCCUACGAUUAUGAAUCUUACAUGGAAAGUCUUGUUUUAGAUAUAAAGGGGAGGGAAUCAGAGUAUAAAGAGAUUCUUAAAUAUGUUAGGGCCAUCGACCUUUCAAGUAACAAUUUAUCAGGAUCAAUCCCAGUUGAAAUCUUUAGUCUCUCCGGAUUGCAAUUUCUAAACUUAUCUUGCAAUCAUUUAAGGGGAAUGAUAUCAGCGAAAAUUGGAGGCAUGGAAUACUUAGAAUCUUUGGAUCUCUCUAGAAACCGUCUUUCAGGUGAAAUUCCUCAAAGCAUUGCCAAUUUAACAUUUCUUAGUCAUCUGAACGUGUCGUACAACAAUUUUUCUGGAAGAAUUCCUUCAAGCACCCAGCUUCAAAGCUUGGAUCCGCUUUCUUUCUUUGGCAAUGCUGAACUGUGUGGAGCCCCUCUUACCAAAAACUGCACAAAAGAUGAAGAGCUCAAGAUACAACACCGAUGA